CUUGACGCAACAUUUGUUUACCCAUCCGGGUUUUGCCGUUAUUUUGUGUACUGUUCUCCUAACCAAACGAGCUCCUUCAAAACAUUCUCAUCGGAUGCGACUAAUUACUACUAGGUGAACGCCAACGCAAUCCCAGACAUCCAAGUCAAUGAGGAGAGGAAAUUCAGGUCACGACGAACACCUGCAAAAGAAAAUGAAGUGUCCCGCUGAUGUCGCUGUAGAAGAUAUUGACCAUGAGAAGCACUAUCCCCUCCACGUUAAACAGGAAGAGGAGUCAGAGAUGCCGUACGUCAAACAGGAGGCGGAGCUACGGACUUUCAGCAUAAAAACAGAAGAACAGGAAGCUGAAAUCUCACAAUUUCCUUUGACUGUCAUUGUGAAGAGUGAAGAAGAUGAAAGUCCAAGCGAAGAGAUCGGAGCCGCGAACAUUUCGAGCGACAGAUCAUUUCAGCACUUCACAACAAAAGGAGAGGAAGGACCGCAACCGGACGGCCUCUUAGCUCCGCUUUCGGACAGCGAUGACAUAACGUCACAUUCUUCUGACUCUAAUACUGAUGAGGAGGAUGAUGACUUUGACCAAAAUGCUUCAGAAUCUUUAAACCAGUCCUCAUUGAAAGGCGACACAAAGGAAUGUGCGGUUGGGAAACCUUUUGCCUGUUCACUCUGUGAUAAAACAUUUUCUUGGAAACGUAAUUUAAAAGUACACAUGCGUUCACACUCCGGGAAGAAACCUUUUGUCUGCACUUUUUGUGGUAAACAAUUCACCCAUAAGGGAGAUUUAAACAAACACACACGCAGACACACUGGAGAGAAGCCUUUCGCCUGCACACUUUGCUAUAAAAGAUUUUAUAGGAAGACUGAUUUAGAAAUACAUACGCGUAUACACACCGGAGAAAAGCCUUUUGCUUGCUCACUUUGUGAUAAAAAAUUUUCCACAAAGGCAAAUUUAAACAUUCACACAAGAACACACACUGGAGAGAAGCCUUUCGCCUGCACACUGUGUGGUAAAAGAUUCGCACAGAAGACUUAUUUAGAAAAGCACAAUCGUACACACGUUGAAGAGAAGCCUUUCGCCUGCACACUUUGCGAUAAAAGAUUUUCUCAAAAGACUGAUUUAGAAACGCAUAAGCGUACACACACUGAAGAGAAGCCUUUCGCCUGCACACUUUGCGGUACAAAAUUCGUUAAUAAGGGAGGUUUAAACAGACACAUAAGGAGACACACUGGAGAAAAACCUUUCGCCUGCUUAUUUUGCGAUAAAAGAUUCAUCGACAAGGGCAGUUUAAAUAUCCACACAAGAAACCACACUGGAGAAAAGCCUUUUGCCUGCACAUCUUGUGGUAAACAAUUCACAAAUAAGGGAAAUUUCAACAAACAUGUAAGCAGACACAGUGGAGAGAAGCCUUUCGCCUGCUCAUUUUGCGAUAAAAGAUUCGUUAACAAGCUCAGUUUAAAUAUUCACACAAGACACCACACUGGAGAAAAGCCUUUUGCCUGCACACUUUGUGGUAAAAAAUUUGUCGAUAAGGGAGAUUUCAACAAACACACAAGCACACACACUGGGGAGAAGCCUUUUGCCUGCUCAUUUUGCGAUAAAAGAUUCAUCAACAAGGGCAGUUUAAAUAUUCACACAAGGACACACACUGGCGAAAAGCCUUUCGCCUGCUCACUUUGUGGUAAAAGAUUCACUCAAAGAGGAAAUUUAGUCAAGCACUCAAGAAGCCACACUGGUUAAAAACCUUUGUAUUGCAGCAUGUGACAAAAAAUUCACACCUUUCAAAUGGAAAAAGCAUUUCAAUUAUUCAGUUUCCCUUGAGCCUCUUGAAAAGGUUGUUGAAACGAUUUUUCAGGUGCUAUUCUUUUUCUAUCUAAUAUAUUUAUCCAAUAUAUAUAUAUAUAUAUUUAUAUGUAUAUUUAAAAAUAAUGGAAUAAAUUGUCUUACGUGUCUUUCUGUUGAGAUUGUUCCAUAACUGACAUAUGCUUUUAAGGGUGUUAAGAAAAAUCGAUUCUGAGAUAUAACGCGAUAUUAGGUCAGACAAUUCUCGUAUCGAUUCAAAAUCAGUCUGUAUCGCUCUGUACUCGGGCUGUCAAACGAUUAAAAUUUUUAAUCGAGUUAAUUACAGCUUAAAAAUGAAUUAAUCGCAAUUAAUCGCAAUUCAAACCAUCUCUAAAAUAUGCCAUAUUUUUCUGGAAAUUAUUGAUGGAAUGGAAAGAUAAGACACACGACUGAUAUAUACAUACAACAUACUGUACAUCAGUACUGUAUUUGUUUAUUGUAACAAUAAAUCCACAAAUGGCAUUAUUAACAUUCUUUCUGUUAAAGUGAUCCACGGAUAGAAAGACUUGUAGUUCUUAAACGAUAAAUGUUAUAGUUACAAGUUAUAGUAAUUUUAUAGUAAAACCCCUCAUGUUUUCGUUUUAAUAAAAUUUGUAAAAUUGUCAAUCAAAAGUAGAGUUAAUAAGAAGAAGAAUAAAAAUAACAAUAAUAAAAAUAGAGUGAAAAGUUUUACGUGUAUUUUGCAUAGCUAUUUUGAAAUGGAAUGCCAGUUCGUUUUGCAUUGUUGUUUAACUGUGUGUCAGAAUAGGGCCUCAUUACUAUAGACUGAAGUGCUUUUCUUUUUGUGAUUUUUUUUUUUUUUUUUUGAGAGAUAGGAAUAUUUGUUGUGCUUUCACUAAACAAUACUUAUGUUUGUUGUGAAGGAGUUGCCGAAGCUCAUGCCAAUAAACGGCGCGGUCCAAAGAACGCCUGUGUCCACUCGCCUUUACUGGAUAACAUAUACAGUGGGGAGAACAAGUAUUUGAUACACUGCCAAUGGGAAAACCCAUUGGCAGUGUAUCAAAUACUUGUUCUCCCCACUGUAUCUGUACAUAUCUUACCCAAAAUACAACAAGAGAGACAUAAUUUCCACUAAAAGAAAGAAAACUAACCGAAAUAUGUGUGGAGCACAAAUAGCAAUUUGCGUUGCAUUGUGAAUACAGCAUAAACGUCUCACAACUACUAAUUCUCCGACGUUUUGAAGAAAUAACAUGAGUAUGGAAUGGCGCUGCCCCCAAGCGGCCGGUGGCAUUCUCUUCACUCUUAAUGUCCAUAAACGGCCUCAUUGUAAAAUCUGUUUGAGGCAAUAUGCGAGCGGGUCAUUCAUUGCAUGCGUUAAUUGCGUCAAAUAUUUUAACGUGAUUAAUUAAAAAAAUUAAUUAACGCCCGUUAACGCGAUAAUUUUGACAGCCCUAAUCUUUACAUGUGUAUUUUUGGUGGAAAUAAAUAGGGCUGCAGCUAUCGAAUUUAGGUGCAGAGGUUGGUAGAGUAGCCAAAAAAUUUUACUCAAGAGUAGCGUUACUUCAAAAUAAUAUUACUCAAGUAAGAGUAAACAAAGUCAUCCUAAAAACGUACCCAAGUACAACUUAAAAGGUAUCCAGUGAAAAGAAUUUUCAAAUAAUGAGUAACAUUUUGAGUAACUGCUUAUUUUUUAAUUAUUUUUUUUUAAGCAAUGGUUACGGUCAUGGUAUUGUUUUUCUCUCAGCACAAACUUAGUUAUAUGAACUGUUGUUAUAAUGCAACUGUACAAUAACCCAUAACACAACCACAUUAAGCCAAAGAAAUAAUUUUUAAAACCAUUAAAUUAGAGAAAAAAACCACUAAUGAAGCAUUAUUCGUCCAAAGAGCAUGAGUGCCUUGCCCUCUUGUAGAGAAAAUAGUUCCUAGUUUGAAUAGUGAAUACUGAAGUUCCUUCAUAGUUACUAUUAUGAAAUUAAAAGGAUCAUAUCUCCGGUUUUCUGUGGUCAAUUGGUGCCAAAUAAAAACUGGGAGAGAGAUUUAAAUCUGCGCUUUCGAUUCAUGUUGAGGGCAGCGCACUGUCAAAUACUUUAUUUGUUAUGGAUCUUUAAAGACGCGUGAUUGAAAAGGCUUGCGUGAGCAUAGAACGGCAAGCAUGCGUCUGAUUGGUGUAAUGGAGUCGUGAUUUUUGUCUCAUUGGUGAAAUUAUUAGCGAUACUCUUGGCAAUAGCAUUGCUAGCAAAAAAAAUAAUAUGUAGAAUAAAGAGGAAAAAUGUAACGAAUCUUGUGUAGCCCAAAGUAGCUGAGUAAGAGUAGCGUCUUUUCUUAAUCUACUCAUGAAAAAGUUAAAAGUAUGGCUUAGUAAAACUACUCUUGGAAGUAACAUUUUCUCAAAAUGUCAGUCAGGAUAAUGUAACAGACUAAAUGUUAAUGCAUUACUACCCACCUCUGCUUAAGCGAUUUCGACUUCACGACGCCUGAGUCUAUUUUUUUUUUUUUUUUUAAUGUCAACUUUUGUUUUGUGAUUUAUGAUUUUAUAUUGGUGCAGGACAAGAAGUGUAGAACAGAAACCCCACACACUCAGCAGCCGAGCGACAUAGGUGACAGCCUGCGCGCACAUUUUUGCAUGUGAAGCAUCCAGAGGCGACGGCUGUAUAUAACAGCUUUUGUCCUGUUUCUUGUAAGUUUUCAAUUAAAGUUGAAAACUUGGGGCGAGUUAAUGUGAUUGUUUCUGAUAUGUGCGGACACUAACUGAUACAUGCUAAUCGUUUGUGAUUGCUUUAUCAGCAGCUACUUGUGAAUGCAAACUUGAAUUGCUGUUACUGAAU